CGAUAUCAAAUGAAACUGUUGUCUUUUCAUGUGGGAUAGUUCGGGUCCGCUUAUUAUGUACAAUACGAGCUAAGAGCAUGCAACGGUUUCUCGAACACGAACACUCCAUCAACUAGCAGGGGCCUGCCUAGGUCUUGUCAGGAAUCCCAACUUGGCGGGCCCGCCAAACCUAACUUCCUCACUUGAUGGAGAAAUGCGCAUAAGGAACAUAUGUAAGACCCUGACCAAGUCAUCGAUUAAAUCGAAUGAGGGCGGCUCUCACCCUUCUCCUUGGAUUCGAUCAAUUUCUCGUCCUCCUCUUUCUCGUUCAAUCAAAGGCAAGUUUAGGUUGAUGAGUUCUUCGGGCAGAGAGGGUAGAAUUGAAUUAUUUGGGUUCAGGGUGACGCACAUUCUUGAAUUCUCGGCAGAGAAGAUCGAGACGGUGUUAUACGGUUUGUAUGGUCUACUAAGGUGUGGCAAUACAAGUUUCAUCCGGUAGCAAAGAGGGGCUAGGAACAUUGAUCGGGACGGAAACAGAAUGAAGUUUGAGAAGCCAUUCCGAGGUGGCUCCGACCAGGUCAGGAGGUCAUACGGGAAGAGCGGAGAGACCCGGAACAGCGGAGUAGUUAAUCCUGGAAUAAAGUUACUGGAUAGUCCUCAAGCUACUAAGCCUUCCUCAACAAGAGAGCCAGUUCAGAGGGCAAGGCAAUUCAGGAGAAGCGUCAGAGAACUCACCGAUGAGUUUAUGACAAAGGCGGAUGAGCUCGAGAAGCUUUUUGCGGAGCACCAGCUGCAUGCUCCCCUGAAUCAUUCUAAUUCCUUGGGGAAGGAGAGGAUUGCUGGAUCCCCGCCUGGUUGUGAAGUACCGUAUCUGGCUGAUUAUAACAGAAGUAUAAGAAGUGUGUCCUUUUCCAUUGGUUUGAGGGGGAAAUUCUAUGAGAGGUAUAUGGAGAAACGGGAUGCGAAGCUGAGGGAGGAGUGGAGAACCAGGAGGGUGGAGAAGGAGAUGAAGUUGAGGGCCUUGCAAGAGUGCUUCGAUCGGAGAAGCAGCGAGCUGAGAGCCAAGUUAUUCAGGCCACCUGAAGGCCAUGAAUCAAUAUCUAAAACUCGCUGCCGAGUGGAUAAACUUCGAUCGUUCAAUGCACGAUCAAGUGUAUUAUGGACACAACAGGGACAACAAAUUGAUUCCAUUCAUGCUGAAGAGGAGGAAGAAGCACACGUGCCUUUGGAACUGAAAACGCACCAAAAUAACAGAUUUCCCGAUCAAGACUUGCCUUCCCUUGCCACACGAAGCACAGCAAUCCCAGCUCUACAAUCAUUACACAGUAAAGCAUCGAUCUUUGCUUCAACAAGGAGGCCUACUGAGUAUCCUAUUUCACAAUCAUUUCCCACUGCAUCCAAUCUCCACCAACAGAAAACCAAGCGCUUGCCUGCAGUCAGCAAGACGAGGACUCAUUCUGAGAGGGUAAGGCCGGUAAGCUUCGCACAAAGCAAAAUUAAUAGAGAAGAGUUGCCUCCCCUCACAAAGGAAGAGAAGCCCGGGAAGCAGUCGCAAUCAAUGAGGAGACGUUCUGCUCCAAAUUCGAAUACUGUCAUCUCGUAGGUUUUGAUGAUUUAGUUGGCAUGGUUAGACAAGUAAACGUACUCUGGGUGUGAGAAGGCCUGAUUUCUCAGAAAGAUCUUUUAGGCCCACUUGAGACUUUGUAUAUUAGUACAUCUGUUGCUUCCCAAGACGGAAGCCUGAAGAAGUGGGGAAGUACUGUGAACCUACUAUAUCUGCUCGGGUUUGGAUGUCAGCAGAGGUUCUUAGAAAGUUACUCAACUUUUGGAGGGAAAACGGAAAGCCUAAGAGCUGGGUGGCUACAAACUUGUGAUGGGUUAGUGUCGAUGUAUUGUUCAUUACGUCUAUCUAAUGUCGUGAAAAGAUUCCUUCUUUCUUAUAUGCUUCAUUGGAGAUGAAGUUUCAAUUUUUUCGUUGUGUUGUCUUAGAAUGAUCCAUUCCUAGUGCUUUACUACAA